AUGGCAAUAAUGACUCCAUCGGCGGCGUUGGAUAGCUGGAGAGACUAUUUCCGGCGAGGACAUUCCGACAUUUUCCGGAUCAUCGACAACGCGAUCAUGGUGGCCGCCGCAGAUUUCCCGACGGAGUUCAAAUCGAGGAGAAUCGGAAUCGCCGAGCUUCUCUUCACUUGUAAGACGAGCCUCUGCGUCGGGUGUGACCACCUCGCGCUGUCGAUACCCGGCGACGAAGACGCCGCCCAACAUGAUGGCCUUAAGACGGCGGCGACGGUUGAAGUCGGCGGCGGCGGCGAUGGGGACGGUUCGGUUAUCGAAGAUGAGACGAAACUGAACGAGAAUCAGAUUGCUGGCAAUGACAGUUCCGGUGAAGGAGAAGUGGAAGGCUUGAGUGAUGAACUAGAGGCGUGUGCGGGAAUUGUUGAUGAGAUCAUGAUGAUCAAAGCCAUCUUGAUGAACGAAGAAGAAGAGCCAGAGUCUGUGAUACUCGAAUCCCUGAGGAAGCUGGAUUUGAUGACUAUGACUGUGGACCUCCUUCAGGAGACUGAAAUAGGAAAGACUGUGAAUGGCUUGAGGAAACACAGUUCCUCUAGGAUUAGCCAACUUGCAAAGUCUCUUCUCACAGAGUGGAAGGAGCUGGUGAACAAUUGGAUAAACACUACCAAGAAGGACAUUGCUGGUGGUGAAGGGACACCAGAGUCAAACUUUUCAGUAAUUGAUGAAAUAGAUGCGUUUCCUUCUCCUCCACAUGAUGUUCAUCUGUAUGUACCUGAUCCCAUUAAUGGAAUGAAUUUCUCUGAGAUCUUAGAUGGCUUCGACCUCGAUGUUUUUGGUAACUUUGUGGAAUUUAACGAUGAUGGAAGCUUGGUAAGUGGCUCAGGCUCAUGGGAGAUCCCCGAAGGUACAAAUGAAGCCAAUGUGGUUGAGAGGAACAAUGAGGAUCAACAGAUGGAGAGGGAAGAAGCUGUUGUUAGACCUGUUGUGAAGCACUCAGAGACCGAUGUUGAUGAGCCUAGAAAGCGACCAAAGCAGAGCAGAGAACAACAACAACAAGUGGUGCCUCCUGCGGUUCAAAGGAAACCGCAUGUUGUUGCUGGACCUCAACAGAAUGUGAGGAAACUCAACUCGGUGGACUCAGAGGCAAAGUUUGAGGUGGCAAGUCGGAAACUCCAAGAGAGAUACCAACAACAUGAGAAUGCCAAGAGACAGAGGACGAUACAAGUGCUGGAAACGAUCCCAAAGCAAAGUAAGCCCAAGAAACCACCACACAAGAGAACCGGGCGAAGAUUUUAG